AUGAAGGUCCCGGCCUCUGUUGCUGUUGUUUCGCUGCUGUCGUUGGUCGACCAUGUCCAGUCGGCCAUCACGCUGCCGCUCAAGCCGCUGGACAAGAAGAUUGGCGCCAUGAUCAAACAGUCCACCAAGCCCAAGGCUGGUGAUGGCACUACCAUCACCGUGCCUGUCAAGGACUGGAUCAAGCACACUGCCGAUCUCCAGUGGUACACUGAGAUUGAGGUUGGAACCCCUCCUCAGAAGUUCAACGUCAUCUUCGACACCGGCUCCUACGACAUGUUCAUCGCCAACAAAAACUGCUCCGGCGCCGGCAACUCGCGCCUCUUCGACCCGGACCAGUCCAGCACCUUCAACUUGCAGCCCGACCAGCCCCAGAGCUUCGGCUACGGCACCGGCGUCGACUCCAUCCCGCUGCAAUACAGCGGCGAGGGCAGCAGCGGCAUCAUCGUCACCGACAAGGUCGGCAUCGCCGGCCACGCCGUCGACGCCCAGCAGUUCCUCCUCUGCGACCAGUACCCCGAGUUCAUGGCCGACGUGCCCUUUGACGGCGUCAUGGGCAUCGGCGUCGAGGGCGCCACCGGCCUGCCCAGCGGCAAGCCCUGGUACUGGGCGCUCUACAACAGCGGCCAGCUCGCCGGUCCCGAGUUCUCCCUCUACUACCCGGCCGGCAAGCCCGACGGCGCCGAGAUGACCCUUGGCGGCACCAACCCGGACCGCUACACCGGUGACAUCCACAAGGUCAAGCUGUACCGCACCGGCAACUUUGUCGUCGACCAGCCGGCCAUGGCCAUCAACGGCGUGCCCCUCGCCGCCGCCGCCGGCAAGCAGACCAUCCUCGACUCGGGCACCGCGUACUUUGCCGCCGACAGCGACGUCGUCAAGGCCUUUUACGCGUCCGUCUCGCCCAAGAUCAAGCAGCUCAACCACGAGGCCUGGGGCGUCGAGUGCGACGUUAUCGAGUCGUUGGCCGUCGACAUCACCUUCACCUUUGGCUCCGGCGCGGACACAUUCAACGCGACCAUGCCCAAGGAGGCGUUCAACCUGGGCCCUUACGAGGGCAAGCCCGGCAUCUGCCAGACCGUCUUCAGCACCAUCGACCUCGGCGGCAGCUUCCUGAUCGGCGCGCCGCUGCUGAAGCAGUACUACACAGUGUGGGACGGGCACAACCUGGAGAUGGGAUUUGCCGAGCUGAAGAAGUGA